AUGUGCAUUGCCAUUGCUCCUACCUGCAUAACCAAGGAACCAACUGUCGUAGAUGAGGUGCGCACCGGCACCUAUCGCCAACUUUUCCACCCGGAACAAUUGAUUAGUGGAAAAGAAGAUGCCGCGAACAAUUUCGCACGAGGCCAUUACACCAUUGGGAAGGAAAUUGUGGACCUCGUUUUAGACAGGAUUCGUAAGUUGGCAGACAAUUGCACAGGACUGCAAGGCUUCUGUGUCUACAAUGCUUGUGGCGGCGGCACCGGAUCUGGCUUGGGCUGUUUGAUGUUGGAACGCCUGUCGGUGGAUUACGGAAAGAAAAGCAAAAUUUCCUUCACGGUGUGGUGCUGCCCACAGGUGGCCACUGCUGUUGUUGAACCCUACAACACUGUGUUGUGCGUGCACUCUUUGCUGGAACACACGGAUGUGACCAUCAUGUAUGACAACGAAGCACUUUACGAUAUUUGUCGAAGGAACUUGGACAUCGAGCGUCCAACCUACACCAAUUUGAACAGAUUGAUCGCCCAGAUCAUUUCCAGCUUGACAGCUUCCCUGCGCUUCGAUGGUGCAUUGAACGUUGACAUCACCGAGUUCCAGACCAAUUUGGUGCCCUAUCCGCGCAUCCACUUCAUGUUGACCUCCUAUGCUCCGGUGAUCUCCGCGGAGAAGGCCUACCAUGAGCAGCUCUCGGUGGCGGAGAUCACGAUGUCCGUCUUCGAACCCGCCUCGAUGAUGGUGAAAUGCGAUCCACGUCAUGGCAAAUACAUGGCCUGCUGCAUGAUGUAUCGUGGAGAUGUGGUGCCAAAGGACGUGAACGCGGCCGUUGCAACCAUCAAGACCAAGCGAACCAUCCAGUUCGUGGAUUGGUGCCCCACUGGCUUCAAGUGUGGCAUCAACUAUCAGCCACCUACUGUGGUUCCUGGAGGAGAUUUGGCCAAGGUCAUGCGCGCCUGCUGCAUGAUUUCCAACUCCACUGCCAUUGCUGAAGUCUUCUCGCGCAUCGAUCACAAGUUCGACUUGAUGCACCGCGACGAAGAUGGGUUGUCCAUUGCAUUGGUGGAGCAUCACGGUAGGAAAGUCGCGAAACACUGCUUCCACGAGAUGGCCUCCACGUGGUGGAAGUGGGCUCUGGUGAUUUGCGUGGUGAUUCACGGAACCCUGGAGUGCGAACAUCUCCGUGACUUGUUCCUCUUGAUGCUGUUUGCCGACAAGUGCAAGUGUGUCUUGCUGCCAAAGUGUGUCUUGUCACCAAAGGUUUUUUGUGAAAGACGCUUCCGCACCAAAGCAUGUACCAGUGACAAACCCAAGUUUUGCAAAGCCAAGACAUGUCGUCACAAGAUGCAUGAGCAAGCGCGUCAGAGACUCUCCCGAAAGAAAGCACAGUCAGCCUACCUAUGCCCCUGUAACAAAGCAGUUUGUCCACUGACCAUAGGCAAGGCGCAAAACCACGGAAGACAGAAAGAUGAGUUGGUGAAAGAUCUUGAACAGAUUUGUUCAAAGACCAAUCAAAGCUUUCAUGAACCGAAGGAACGCAAAAGCAUUAGCGAAGCCAAAGUGGUCAGCCGUUCCUUUCUGGGAGGAGCCAAAGCCACUCACAAGGAACAAGAUGAUUUGCUCACAGGCUUGCAGAAGCUUUUGCAAGCCCAAACACAGCAAUCGUCCCACAACACGCAGACAGGUGAACUGUUACAAGCGCUGAAGGCGCUGGUUCGUAAAGCAGAACACGACCUGGAGUGUGACUUGCUCACCGAAUUGCGCAAUUUGGUACAAACAGAAACAAAGAGACGAAGUAAGAAGAACCAACAGCCACAAAAAGAAGAGCCCGCUUGGCAACCUUCGUGGCGACCUGCUCAACAACCCGCCCCAAAGCCUGUUGAAAGAGGCGCCACUAGGCUUUGGACCAGAAAUCGCAUGAAGCAUACCUUUGCCAUGCCUCAACCCAAGAGGAAUGGACUGAAAUGUACGGUUUGCUGGAUAGCCAAAAAGACGUUGCGGCCACCCUCGUUUUGCAAAAGCAUAGGAGAACCUGAAGAGUUGAAACAGGAGCAAAGAAUUCCGGGCAUGAUGGGAAGCAAGUUGCAACAUCGAAAGUGUUGGGUUGCCUCUUGGGGCGAAGCCCCAAUUUUGAAACGCAAGCUGAACCUACAUGACCCAGACCUGAAAAAAGCAUUUGAUGAUGCCAAACAAGGCCAGGAGACCUUUGUGGUCCGUCUCAGUGCCCCGGGCAAUUACCAAACGUGCAAUUGGCAAAACUGGAAUCGCUUGGUCAAAGCGCCAGGUUCGGCGGCCAGGCUGUGGGCACAAAGCAUCUUGGGCAACUCAUACAGCCUGGGUUACACCUUCAAAUUUGAACUGAUUGAUGAGAAAAAUGUCAGAGGCAUGCUUCGAGUCCAUACCCGAGCAGCAGCUGAAAGUUUGAUUGCCAGCAGCGGUCAUUACAAUGUUGAAACGGGCCAAAGAUGGUUCUGCGAAGCAGUUUCGCAAAAUUUGCAGACUCAUAACAUCAAACUGGCUUGGAUACCCUGGCAUCAGCCAGAGUCAUGGCAUGAAUAUGCAGACAGAUGUCGAAGGCAAGAUAGCCAAGGCUUGGUGCAUGGCAGGCAUCAGUUGGCCUUGAGAGUUGCUGAAGGCGACCCACGAAUUGUUCCAAGACCUUCGUUGUGGAGGGCAGAAAUCAUUCCCCCAGGUUGGAGCCCUCAACAGCUUGAACAAUUCUGCGCCCAAGCAGGGUUUUUCGACAUUGAGUUGAUAGCCAAAAACUGGCGACGCAAUGGCAGCUCUUGGUUGUUCAAGGCCAUGGCUGACAACUUCGAAGAUACCAUAUCAGUUGCGGUGGCUCUUGAAGGAAAUUCUGAAUAUGAAGUCACCUUCACCAAAGAAGCAAAACGCAGACAACACAGUGCAUUCCAGCCGCUAUCUCGCGAAAGAUCCAUCAAGCUGAACCACCACCAGCAAGUGAAUCGUCCUGCGCCAGCCAUCCAUCUUGCUGAAGAUGCGAUGGAUGAAGAACCAGUGGCCCAUGAAGACGACUCGGUGGAUUCUGCCAUGGGAGCAUUUGUUGCCACCAAGAGACCUGCAGCUAGUACUGACACAAACUCCACCAAACGGAAAUGUUGGAGAGGUUGGCUACCAGACGGAGCUCAGCGGGUUGACAACCAAGGAGGAGGAGAUUGCUUGUUUCUUUCGAUCGCCACAGCUUUGAACAGUGUGAUGACUAACAAGAGCUAUUCCGGAUCUCAAGUCCGUUUGUUUCUGCACAGCUUCAUGUUGCAGCAUCACCUGGAAUAUGAAGCACUAUGGGAUCGUCACAAAGCAGGGUCUGGUAGCCCUGCGCAAGAUGACUAUACAUUCCAAGACUAUUUGAGUGAAAUCAAAAUUGCAGGUACCUGGCAUGGCUAUCUGGAAUGCUACACAGCUGCUUCGGCAUUGAAACGCCCAGUUUACCUCCUGGAUGACAGUGGAGAAGUCACUCCAUUUCCGUAUGAUGGACCAAAAAGUCAACACCCCAUUGCUUUGUAUUAUGAUGGAUCAGGUCAUUUUGAGACUUUGAAAGGCCCUCAGAGCAUGUGGGACCAGUUGAUGCUGUAUUCCCAAAAGCACCAGGUGCAAAAGAGAGGUUUUCUUGGGGGCGGAAAAUGUUCGCCCCGGCCAUCCUGUCGCCUCACUGAUUUCGCAGCUUCUUCUAUUGCCAAAAACUCCUUGAAGCGUAGCAAGCAGUGUGCCCAGUCUAAAUCCGGCCGCAGUCUGGCCCUGACGGAUUUUGCCACUUCGCAGAAGCAAGCAUCGUCAAAAUCUUGUAGACUCACUGAUUUUGCUUCUCCCGGACAACAGAGCAAGAGCCCAAGAGCCAAAACUCCAUCCAUGAAAUUGACUCAGUUUGCGUCUCCGGUGUCGACCAAGAAAUCUGCAACACCGUGGCGCCAAGCAGAUGGUCCUGCGCCUUGGAAUAAAGGCAAAUUUGUCAAGCAUGGCAAAGUGAGCCCAGCCAUACUCUUGAUUUGUCUUGGCUGGCGUGGCCUGGUCGUCCCCACCUGCAUGUCUUUCCUUUGCUUCCUGCUGGUUGGAUGUCUCUUCGCUGCAUUUAGCCGAUUGGGCAACUGGAACCCCAAGCUUCGGCUGCAGUCCCUCAGAGGAUGCUUCGAGGAGGCAGAAGCACAGACCCUCCGCGAGCUGGAGAGCCACAAAACCUGCAAAGACAGCUUCGCCCGACCACUUCUCCGGAGAAAACUCAGCCCUUUGAUCGCCCAAAGACAUAAAGCCUGCGAGAGCACUGCGUAUUCGAAGCGUGCCUUCGUGCAUCACUACGUGGGUGAAGGCAUGGAAGAGGGCGAAUUCUCCGAAGCCCGCGAGGACUUGGCAGCCUUGGAGAGCCUUGGCUUUGGUGGAAGUUUCAGGAAGGACUACGAGGAAGUUGGCAUUGAAACUGCAGAAGGCGAAGGCGAGGAGGAAGGCUAUGGAGACGAAUUUUAG